GAAUGAGAGUUAUGAAAUCCCAUCAAGAAAUGCUAACAAACUUAGGAAGGUUGAAAGCCGAGCUUGAACAGGAAUCUAGAACGGUAAACCUCAUCAACUCUUUGUGAAAUUAUGGCUGUGUAUAUUCGCCGAUAACUCAGUAACUUCUGUUUUCAAAAACUGAAUUUUUUAGCUGGAAAGUACUUUGGCGAGUGCAAAAACGGAAAAUACAAAAUUGAAUUUGAUGAAAGAAACGUUGGAUGAAGGUAUGCGACUUUUUCAUAUACAAGUUUUUCAUUGCUGGAACUGUCUACAUUUUCAAUAAUAUAAUAUGUAAUAUAAUAUUAUUAUAAUGCAGAAAAUGUUUAUUUUAGAUUUCGAGAUUAUUUCAGCGGAAUGUGAGACACUGAGAGACCAGGUCAAAGACAACGAGAGAAGGUUAUCUUAUCGUUUUGAUUUAAACUGUUUUUCCUAGAGGUCCAGUAAAACUCGCCCCUUCCUAGAGGUCUAGUAAAACUCGCCCCUUCCUAGAGGUCCAGUAAAGCUUGCACCUAAACUUAUCUAACUUUAUUUAUACUGGAUGGCUCUGUCAGUUCCAAACUGUUCUUCCUAGAGGUCCAGUAAAGAUCAUCUCUUAUUGAUCCAGUGUUACUACAGGAGGAAACCUAAACAAAACCAACAUUAUUUAUACUGGAUAGCUCUAUCAGUUCUAAACUGUUCUUCCUUAGAGAUCCAGUAAUGAUCAUCUCUUAUUGAUCCAGUGUUACUACAAGAGGAAACCUAAACUAAACUAACUUUAUUUAUACUGGAUAACUCUUUCAGUUCUAAACUGUUCUUCCUAGAGGUCCAGUAAUGAUCAUCUCUUAUUGAUCCAGUGUUACUACAAGAGGAAACCUAAACUAAACCAACUUUAUUUAUACUGCAUAGCUCUAUCAGUUCUAAACUGUUCUCCCUAGAGGUUCAGUAAGGAUCAUAUUUUAUUGAUCCAGUGUUACUACAGGAAGAAACCUAAACUAAACUAACUUUAUUUAUACUGGAUACUGGAUAGCACGUGAAACACUCGUGUACUAACCGUUGUGCUGCACGUGUAUUUUUCCAGGUUACGACGAGCACGUGAUCAGCUACACAGCAAGAGUGACGAUUGUUCACGUGUCAAGGAGGAAAAUUAUGAGCUUGACGAUGAGAUAAAACAACUCAAAGAAAGUCAUCAGUGAGUAGUGAAAACACUGGAGUGUUGAUCGCAUGCACUCAAUUUCGUUUCCGAGUAUGCCCGUUCGCAGGUUAAGGGUGAGCUACCCUUAACCUGCGAACGGCGGAACGGACAUGCUCUGGGAACGAGAUUGGCUUGCACUCGCUUGAAAGUCCUAUAUAAACGUUUGGUACCAAAUAUGACAAUUCACAAGCAUUGUUUAGGAGCAAGUGACAAGCAUGUAAUCACACCCAUAGCACGUAAUUGUCAUAUUAAAUAAUGACUAUUACAUAAAACGUAGCAAUAUAGCAAGCAAAAAUGGAGGAUUCUGUAUAAUGCAUGGCAAUGAUGCCACAACAUACAAUCUGUUUUGUUCUGUGUAGGAUUCCUUACGGCUCUACUGAUAAAAAUUUUUUAAACAAUCAAAAUUGAUAGUCAUGACUGUACAUUAAACAACAACACUAAUCGACAUGAUUAAUUGAUUAUCUUAGAGUCAGUCAAAUGGCACAACUCGGGACUCUUUAUUCAUUUCAUCAAGUGACCCAAAGUAUUUUAAACCUGUCAGUUUAGGCUCACGAGUAUCAGAAUAUGUAAAUUUAAAUAAGCCUGUUGGUUUCAUUUUAAGCUUCCUUGCCGCUAAUUUAAGUUAUGGUCAUUGUAAAUAAAAUGAUGUAAUGUUUAUUAGUGGCAAAAUUAAAUUAUUUAGAUUAAUUUAUAUUUCUAUUAAUUUAUAUUCAAUGUACUGUUAACGUAUGGAGUUUGAACGACGAAAUUGUUGUUCUUUUUUUCUAGAGCGAUGGCGGAAGCUUACAAUAGACGAAUUGACGAACUGAAGUCAGUGUUAAAAGGCGAAAGAUCAGAAAGGUUUAUAUCGUCAUAGUGUUGCCCUACCAUCCCAUACGAUGCCAUAUCAUAACAUACUAUACGAUAUCACUUUGCACCAUACUAUGCCAUACUACACCAUUCUGAACUACACCAUACAAUGGUGUAUAUCGUCGUAGUGUUGCCCUACCAUACCAUACCAUGCCAUAUCAUAACAUACUAUACGAUAUCACUUUGCACCACAUGCAUACUAUGCCAUACUACACCAUUCUGAACUACACCAUACAAUGGUGUACUAUCACUAUACUAAUUAUAAAUUUGAAGUGUCUGUGUCAGUGUAGGUAGUGGCAAUAAUAUGAACAAGCUUUCGUUGCUAGGGAUGCAACUACCUGAAAAAUAUAAGCAGAAUUUCGACGUUUCCAGCGAAGGACCUUGGUCUGGAGUUACUUUCCAAACUCACGACGUAGCGCCUUCGCUCGAAACGUCGAAAUUCUCCUUAUAUUUUUCACGUAGUUUCAUCCCUAUCAUGAACGAAAGCUUGUUUACAGAAUCUAAUCGCUCUUUAAUAACCAAUGAGGUCAAUUCCACGUUUUUAAUUCAUUCAGAUACAAUUUAAUUCUCAGAUGGUAGUUUUUAUAAUACUUCUAAACGCUUUUCUGUUAUACUGGUAACAUUCCCUGAUAUGAGCACGAAUUCUACGCAAUGAAUCAAUUAUUCAGCCUUCGCUCAAAACGUCGAAGUUCUCCUUGUAUUUUUAGGUAGUUGUAUUCCUAUCAUGAACGAAAGCUUGUUUAAAUGAUUGACACUACCUACACUGAACAGACAGUUCAAGAUUAUACCAUACCAUACCAUACCAUACCAUACCAUACCAUACCAUACCAUGCCAUGCCAUGCCAUGCCAUGCCAUACCAUACCAUGCCUUACCAUACCAUACCAUACCAUACCAUACCAUACCAUACCUGCAUACUACAUCGUACAAUAGCUCACAAUACCAUAUCAAUAAGUUAUAUUCUUACUCACUUUAAAUUUUCCAGAGCAUCAUUACAAAUAAAGAGAGACGAUCUGUCCAAGGAGGCUGGCGAAUUUAAGAAUGAAUAUGGCAGUUACAUGGUGAACAUGUCGGAUACCAUCCAGGGUGCAAAAUUUGAACAUACCAAAUUGACUGAGCGAGUAGGUUUUAGCAUUGCGUUUAUAUUUAUACUGGAUAGCUCCGUUAGUUCUGAACUGUUUUCUCUAGGGAUCCAGUAAAGAUCAUUUCUUAUUGAUCCACUGUUACUACAGUAGGAAGAAACCUAAACUAAACUAACUUUAUUUAUACUGGAUAGCUCUAUCAGUUCUAAACUGUUCUUGCUGGAGAUCCAGUAAAGAUCAUCUUUUAUUGAUCCAGUGUUACUACAGGAGGAAACUUAAACUAAACUAACUUUAUUUACACUGGAUAGUUCUAUCAGUUCUAAACUGUUCUUCCUAGAGGUUAAGUAAGGAUCAUCUCUUAUUGAUCCAGUGUUACUACAGGAGGAAACCUAAACUAAACUAACUUUAUUUACACUGGAUAGUUCUAUCAGUUCUAAACUGUUCUGCCCAGAGGUCCAGUAAAGAUCAUCUCUUAUUGUUCCAGUGUUACUACAGGAGGAAAUCUAAACUAAACUAACUUUAUUUAUACUGGAUAGCUCUAUCAGUUCUAAACUGUUCUUCCUAGAGGUCCAGUAAGGAUCAUCUCUUAUUGAUCCAGUGUUACUACAGGAGGAAACCUGAACUAAACUAACUUUAUUUAUACUGGAUAGUUCUAUCAGUUCUAAACUGUUCUUCCUGGGGGUCCAGUAAGGACAAUUUCUUAUUGAUCCAGUGUUACUACAGGAGGAAACCUAAACUAAACUAACUUUAUUUAUUUAUGAUUAAAGGGGUGAAACUCAUGCAGUAGCCAUGUACUAACCAUGCACUAAACCAACUUUACUUGAGCACAAACAAAACUUUUCGCUAAGAUUAUUUUUCCUCCUGCAUCAGGGCAAUGAACUACAACGACUGUUACGGGACGACGAGCAAGAAAUUUUAGAAAAACAAGAACUUUUAAAAAAUGCGAAAAAAUCUUACGCUGACACUCAGAAGAAGUUACGAGAUGAGCUCGAAAAAUUACAGGUACAGAUCGUCUGCCUCAAGAUACCAGUAUCGCGCAUCAGAUUCUGUCAACAUGGCAUACAGAGUAACGUAUCUAUAUUAAUGAUACGUGAUUUGUUUACGUUUUAGGACUCCAUCAGUAAACUCGAAAAGGACAUUGCAGAAAAACGAAAUAUCGUGACUGACAAAACGGUAUGUUUACACGAAGUCUGACUUUGCAACACCACCGGUUCCUCCUCGAGUAUCAUGGUAAACAUCUUACAACUUGUCAACAAGAUGUGUUCGCAACAGGCUUGUAGCAAGCUUGUCAACAAGUUGUAACAAUGCUGUUAUUUUAUCAAGUUGCUACAAGGUUGUCACUCAAGACUUGUUGACAAAUUGUUGAAUUACAGAACGAUAACAAGUUGUUGGAACAACUUGUAACAAGUCUGUUGAGCUCAACAACCUUGUAGCAAGUUGUCAACAAGCUGGGAACAAGCAGUGCGAACACAUCCUGUUGACAAGUUGUUUGAACAGCAUUGCUACAAGUCUGCUGCAGGUUUGUUACAACUUGUGUGUUUUUACGUGUUUAGUGCAUUCUCUUUUUUCCCCUCCAGCCCGGCUACGAGCUUCUGGAACAAGAGUUCGAGGAAAGUUCCAAAGCCUUUGCUGAACUGAAACAGACGAUUGUUGGUAAGAUGAAAGAACUGUUUCCACUGAUCAAGUAAUCUUAUAUUGUGUCAGAUUUUACCAUGCAGAAUUUAAAAAUUCCAAAUUUAUUUACUAGCUAACUGCUUGGUUUUUAUUUGUUGUUGUUUCUUAUUAAAGAUUUAAAAAACAGAAAAGCCAGUUUAGAGCUGACGAUACAAAGACUUCAGAAAGAAAUUGAAAAAAAAGUUGACCCACAGGUAGAUUUAUUUUGGAACAUUGUUAUUGGUUUAAAUUAAGAAUCUAAGAAAUCAUUUCUCUUAUGUAGAAACGUCUACAAGACGAGCUUCGACAAUAUCGUGCCGAGGCUCUUCGUCUUAUGGCCGAGCAAAACGGAGAAGUCAAAGAUAUUGAGAAAGAAAAUCUAUUUUGUUGUCAAAAACUCAGUACUGUCACGAAGGAGAACCAACGGUAUAUAAUAUAUAUUGUGCAUUGGAUAGCUCUACCCACGUAAAAAUGCACAAGUUGUAAUAAACCUGCAGCAGACUUGUAGCAAUGCUGGUCAAUAGGAUGUGUUCGCAUUGCUUUUAUUGAUCUAGUGUUACUACAGGAGGAAACCUAAACUAAACUAACUUUAUUUAUACUGGAUAGCUCUAUCAGUUCUAAACUGUUCUUCCUAGAGGUCCAGUAAGGAUCAUUUCUUAUUGACCCAGUAUUACUACAGGAGGAAACCUAAACUGAACUAACUUUAUUUAUCAGUACUGGAUAGCUCUAUCAGUUCUAAACUGUUCUUCCUAGAGGUCCAGUAAAGAUAAUCUCUUAUUCAUCCAGUGUUACUACAGGAGGAAACCUAAACUAAACUAACUUUAUUUAUACUGGAUAGCUUUAUCAGUUCUAAACUGUUCUUCCUAGAGGUCCAGUAACGAUAAUCUCUUAUUGAUCCAGUGUUACUACCGGAGGAAACCAGGGUACCUCCAAAAUUUUGUCCAGAUUUUGUUGUUUACAUACCUAAUAUUAACUUUUUAUUUCUUCUGUUGUUUUGUUCCAAACAUUCUCAUCUCAAUUUUGUUUGAAAGAUUCGAAGAGGUACGCUGAUCGUUUUUGAAGCGAAGACACGUGAACGAUUUGUUUUUGAAACUUAGAAAAUAUUGUAUGUUCUUUUUUUGAUGAAAUUUCUACGUUUCGACAGGCUAUAAAUAAUGUAGAAGAAGAAAUCAGAGUGUUAGAAACGCAAAGUGUGACAAAUCAAUCACAUCAAGCCCAACUGGAACAACAACUUUCCUGCUAUCAAGGUUUGUUUUGUACAACUAACUUCACGAACGAUAUGCUUUUAACUCAUGACCAUGACAGUGAAUGAUGGAUUUAUAGUAUACAUAGUAAAACUUGAAAAAGUAUAAGCGCGAGUUGUUAAAGAUCUGCAAACAAGUUGUAACAAGGUUGUUGUCAAACCGACAUCAGGAUGUGUUCGCACUGCUUGUUCCCAGUUGUUGUGGCAAGUCUGGAACAAGUUGUCAUCAUUUUGUUACAAGGUUGAUGACGUUAACAGACUUGCUACAAGUUGUUCCAACAAGACUAAUACAGACUGUUCGUAACAAGUUGCUACGAGCUUGUUGUCAUCAACUUGUUAACAACUUGUUACGUGAAGACGAUAUCAGACUUGUUGGAACAACUUGUUGCGAGUCUCAUUAACCUUGUUACAAAAUGAUAACAACUUGUUCCAGACUUUGCAACAACUGGGAACAAGCAGUGCGAACACAUCUUGUUGGCACGUCUUUUUGAUAAGAUGUGAGAUUUUUACCCGUGUAGUAAUAAACCAGAAUUGAAACGUUUUGAAAGGAUCAAAUACAAAGUUAUCUCAUUCUUUGUUUUCAGCGGAAUUGUUGACAGCCAGGGUGGAGGAUUUGAAGCUUGAUAAGGUAUUCGUGUUAGAAGUCAUUUGCUAAAGCCUGGCUUACACUAUAUCAGAGUUUGUGUGAUCACAGUUCUACGUUUUGAAGGAUUUGUAAGAAAUGUUUGAGCGAAGUGAUUGAGUGUUUACUGUCGUUCCAAUUGAAGUGUUCCUCAAAUAUUGAUUCAAUACAUUACCUCAGGCUGACCAAUUCAUUUGAUCAAGUUCCUCGAGAUAUUCAUACACUUCCUGUGAAAGAGCCAAUUCCAAGUAUUUGAUAAUUUCUGGUCACUUCCUUUCUAUUUAUGAUUGGUUAGUUGCACAAACAACAAAAGUGAUUGGUGCAUUCAAACUAUUCAACAGGAAGUUUACAAUUAUACUAGGAAGUGUAUGAAUAUUUCGAGGAACUUGAUCAAAUGAAUUGGUCAGCCCGAGGUAAUGUAUUGAAUCAAUAUUUGAGGAACACUUCAAUUGGAACGACAGUAACACUAACGCCUGUAGUCUAAAAGCUCACUCACACUCAAUGAGUGGAAUGUUCAGUGUGAGUUUUCCUUGAGUGUCAAUGAUGUUUUUGAAUGGCUGGAGGGUGAGUAGUCACAUAGUAAAGUACGACACUAACCCUCCAGUUAUUCAAAAACAGCAAUGACACUCAAGGGAAGCUCAGAUUUAACCUCCACUCUUUGAGUGUGAGUGAGCUUUUAGAAUACAGGCGUAAGUCAGUUUUCUCAAUCCUUUCUUACAAAUCCUUUAAAACUUAUAGAAUUUACCUAUGCAAAAUUCCUACUGUGAUCACAGAAACUUUGAUAGUGUAACGAUAAAAUUAACUUAACGAUAAAAUUGUCCAUGCCUUUUUCUGUCCGAUGUUUUCUGAAAUAGAACCCUAUGAACACCAAUGCUUUUAAAAAAUAUUAUGAAACUUAUAAUGAGUUCUUUGAAUAGGCAUUUUUAACAAAUUCUGUAGGUUUUCGCUGAACGUGAUUUGAAAAUUUUGGAGGAUAUUCAAAAACUGCAGGACGAAACGAAAGGCAGAGAGUCGACGUAAUUGAAAACAUUUGCACUUUUGAAAUGUUAACUAAUAAACUUAUUAGCACAUGGUCGAAGUGAAACAAUCUAUUCUUCAUUUUUCUUCCCAAUAUAGGGUUGAUGGCAUUCAUAUCAAAUUACAACACGAACUUGGCCUUUUAACUUCAUUUAUCGAUGGCGUCGCCAAUCUAAGACCCAAAGGUGAACGUCCAGGCUUCUUUAUGAUUUCCCAAAGUCACAAAGGUGAUGAGUAGAGAAUUUAGAGUCCGGAAGAUUUUAGGACGAUUAAGGUUUUAUAGUGUUGAGUUAGCUAGGAUUUAAACUCGAUGAUCAAUUUUUCGGCAAACAAAUGAUUAAAGAUCAACAUUUUUUCGGCAAACAAAUGAUUAAAAAAGAUCAUCAAUUUUUCGGCAAACAAAUGAUUAAAGAUCAUCAAUUUUUUGGCAAACAAAUGAUUAAAAAUUGCGGUUACCAUAGAGUAUUUUAAUAAAACACAAACAAUAGACACUCCAAAAAUUGUAAACAUUUUAAUUCUUUAAGUUUCGACUAUCAUUUAAGUGAUCUUCAGAAGAAUGCCCAAAUGGGCAUUCUUUUGGAGUGUCUAUUGUUUUGUGUUUUAUUAAAAUGAUUAAAAAAUCAUCAAUUUUUCCGCAAACAAAUGUCACGAACAACAAAAUUCGCCAAGGGAAAGUAAACUUGUCAAGGAAAGUUGUCAAGCGAAACUUAGUUUCUUGACAUGUCAUGAUUUAUGAAUAAUUGAUUUUGCAAACUGAAGGUUACGAUAUUUGCAUUUAAUAAGCUUCUUCCGUAAAGUUUUGUUGCAUUGUCAAAAUUCUAUACGUAAAAUAUAUUGUAAAAUCACCAACUUUUAGGUAUUUAAACAGCUUCUAAAACAUAACAUUUCAAGGAGCAUUUUAUUACAACUGAAGUUACACAAAGAUAUUGAAAAGUUUUUUUACAGUAAAAAUUUAUAAUUUUUGCCCCUGUACCAUAGCACAGAUGAGGUAGAUACAGAUGUGAAUCUUCCGUCAAAUUGCAGAUUGUUUUAUGUCACACGGAAUUCUCACUUCCGGCGAGCGCUGGCAAGUGUCGUUCUGAAAUUUAUGCACCUAUCAAUGUUAACCCCGAG